AUGGUAUUUACAGUAAUAUGGAAGGGCUGGGAUUUCCUGAGGAAGUACAUUUUGACGCUUCAGCGCUUUGACCUCUUCCUCCAAGGGUCUCUAUUAAUCGUGAUAUUCUUGGAAAGCAAUGUCUACUUGCUGCUGCGAAGGAACGAUGCUAGCGGAUUCUUACCAACUAUUAAUGAAGAAUGGGUAAAAAUUGGUGUGGGUUGCGCCGAAUUCAUCCUUGGCGCGUUGGUGGCCUGGCAGGGUAGGUCUUGGCGUAACUUCACCCUGUCCUUCUGGCUCGGUGCCACAGCUGUGUGUGGCCUCAUCGUUCUGGCCUUCCCGUUCCCUGAGGCGAAGAGACCUGAAGUCGACCUUUGUGGUGGAGGAACCAUAUCUCUGUACUCCGAGGUAGACGAUCCUCAUCGCACUGCUCGUGGUGUGUUCCUGGUGAUCACGGCGGUGAUGUGCGCCCUCACAAAGAUCAGCGUGUGGGCGCAUGGCAUCACCUACUUAGAUGACCACCAGCCGGAGAAUGGACCGUAUUUCUAUGGUAUCCUGAUCUCCAUCCGUUUAUCCCUCGGUUUGAGCAGUUCGAAUUGGCUUCGCGCAACAUCAGUUCGAGAUGACUGGUGGGAAGCACAGCUCUCACUCGCUAUGCUUGCUCUCAUGUUCUCCAUUCUGUUCACUUUGUUCCCCCGACAGAUGCCGGACUAUAAGGAAGUGGAUACUUUAGAGAGGACUUGUAUUUUUGAACCCUUGGGGCGAGUAUGUCGCAAUAAAUCAGUGAUGCUGCAGGCUGUCGCGCUCUCGUUUCUCAGUGCUGCGAUAUUUGGAUACAAUUCAUAUGAAACAUCCCUGUUACAGGCAAAAUUCCAAGUCGAAACCAUUCAUGAGGACCCAAGAACAUCACGCGUCAUCACCGACAUUUUCAGAUCUCUUGUUAUUAUUUUCUUUGUGACGAUAUUCCGCACGCGGUUCUCCGCCCGCCGCAGCGAUGGCGUCAAGGCGAACACAGCCUCUAAAGUGGGGGGCGUUGUGGCGGUGUUCGCGGCGGUCGUGUUCGCCGUGCUCGCGGGGCUGGGCUGCACCACGGACACCAUUGAGGGCAAGGGCGCGGGUCGCGGGGGGUAUUCGCAGCCGACGUGUAGCCAACAGUGUGGGUGCAGUGAGACAACCUACGGUUUCGCGCCAGUCUGUGUCCUGGACACGAUGGCGACAUACUUAUCUCCGUGCCACGCGGGUUGCCAGGAAUAUGAGGACCUUAAUGGCAUGUUAUUGUUACACAACUGCACGUGUGGCGUGGGCACGCAGCGGGCGGUGCGCGGGAGUUGCACGCUGCCGAGAUGCGCUCUCAUCUACAACAUUUAUCUCGUGUUUUUCACACUGAUGCUGGCGAUUGGAGCGUCCGGUUUGAUGAUGCAAGGGAUGUCAGUGCUGCGCGCCACCCGCCGGAUAGACAAGCCGCUGGCCAUCGGAGUCACGUUCGCUCUAGUGGGCCUCAUUGGCAAUGCCUUGGGCCACUUCUUGUAUGUGGUUAUUAACUACAUGACAUGUGCUUACGAAGUAAACGACGUGUGUAUUAUUCACAAGGACAGCGUGUGGUCGAUGCCAGCGGUCAGCGCGGUACUGUGCUUGCUGUCCGCAGCUCUCAGCAUUGCUGCGAGCCGCACGAGCAACGGAAAGCUGUCGCUAACAGCUAACUAGAUAUUGACAAGGUUAUUCAUAUUAAAUCAAGACUGUCUUAGAGUUGCACUGGUACAUUAUUUCGAGUAUUUCUAUGUAAUGUUCCUAACAGAGCUCGACUUUGUGAUCAGCAUAAUGCUCAUGCAAUGUCCUUAAACUUUAUGGAAACUUGUACUCAAUCUUGGUUAUAAAUGUCGGCUCUACAAGCGGCAUGAGCUGCGUUUAGGUUUAUGAAUUAUACUAAUAUUGAAAAGAAUAUAAGUAGGAGAUGGUGGCUAUGGAACGUUUAUAACAUAAGAUGUCGGUAUAUUAGCAAAUAACCAAGUGUCUAUGAUACGUCAUAUGAUACUGAUCGUAUAUUUUGAAAGUAGAAACUCAAUGAAAAAUAAAGUAACUAAAAGGUUGGGAAAUGUAUAAUGUAUUCUUGAUUUAUCUUCAUUAAUUUGAAAUCUAUUGACUGGUGGGUCCGAUGUACCUAUCAAAACAUAAAAUGUAAUAUCAACAUUCUGUUAUAAGUCCUCUAGUCUGUCAGUUUUCUGUAACCAUGGUAACUAAAAAUAAAGAAUACGUUAUACUUUUUAAGGGAACGCAAAAUCUCGCUUCAUUCAAGCAGAUGAGAAUGCACUUUUGUUUUCAAUCGACUUAAAUUAUUAUAUUAUUAUUUUGAUGAUUCUUAAUUUAUUAUUGUGUGCGGCCAUUGCAUCUGUGCAAUGCGUGUAAAGUGUGAAUUUUUUUAUAUGACGGAAUUUGGGGUUGUGGUAUAAGUAAAAACUAUCUGUAGAAUAUCACAAAAAUGUGACAAGGUGGAGGGGAAGGGGGGAUCAAAAGCUAAAAUUUGUGUGACGUAAUUUUGUUGGGUGGUGGUUUUGGGUGGUUUAAGGCGUCAAGAGACACAGAAGAGAGAAAAAGAAGAAUGAAGGGAGAGGUUUUCUGCUCAUUUACAUAAUUUUUAUUCAGUAAGAACCUUCUAGAAGUUAUAGAAAAAUAUACAUGACAGAAAUCGACUUUCAUUCUCAAUAGAAUAAAUAAAAAAAGUUAUCAAUAAAGACACCAAAACUAUGAUCUCAAAUAUCUUUUUAUUAAUAUGUAAAUGGCACUUAUUAGUAAACAGAUUUAUCAAAAACACUAAAUAUUAUAAAAUACACCAACAAAUAGCUGCAUGUGAGAACUGUAAGUACCAAUACUUAAUAAGUAAUAAAAUUUUGAGUUGUUACAUAAUGUGCAUCAUUUUGUUAAUUUAUUUAAUUUUAGGGCCCCUUUAUACUUGACAUCGUUGUUCAUCUGUCCUCUUUUUAUUUGUUAGUACGUCCGUCUGUCACCAGGGUGUCUCAUGAACCGAUAGAGAGACAGUUAACAUUUUUAAAGAUGACGUAUAUCUGUUGCUACAACAAAAAAUAUUUUAAAAUAAAGCA